AUGCCGUUCCCCUUUGGGAAGUCCCACAAGUCUCCAGCAGACAUCGUGCGGAACCUGAAGGAGAGCAUGAGUGUGUUAGAGAAGCACCCACCACCGGACAAGAAGGCAGAGAAGGCGUCGGAGGAGGUGAGUAAGUCGUUGGUGGCGAUGAAGGAGGUUCUGUACGGGACGGCGGAGAAGGAGGUGCAGACGGAGGGGGUGGCGCAGCUCUCCCAGGAGCUCUACAACAGCGGCCUCCUCUACACCCUCAUCGCAGACCUGCAGCUCAUCGAUUUUGAGGGGAAGAAGGAUGUGGCUCAGAUCUUCAACAACAUCUUGAGGAGGCAGAUCGGCACUCGCACUCCUACUGUAGAGUACCUGUGCACCCAGCAGAACAUCCUCUUCAUGCUGCUGAAAGGGUACGAGAGCCCGGAGAUCGCGCUGAACUGCGGUAUGAUGCUACGUGAGUGUGUGCGUCAGGAGCCUCUGGCCAAGAUCACGCUCCACUCUCCUCACUUCUAUUGCUUCUUCACCUACGUGGAGAUGUCCACCUUCGACAUCGCCUCCGACGCCUUCACCACCUUCAAGGACUUGCUGACGCGACACAAGCUGCUGAGUGCUGAGUUUCUUGAGCAGAACUACGAUAGGUUCUUCAGUGAAUAUGAGAAACUUCUUCAUUCUGAAAACUAUGUGACAAAAAGACAAUCUCUGAAGUUGUUAGGUGAGCUGCUAUUGGAUAGGCAUAACUUCACCGUGAUGACCCGUUACAUCAGUAAAGCUGAAAACCUCAAACUCAUGAUGAACCUCUUGCGAGACAGGAGCCGCAACAUCCAGUUUGAAGCCUUCCACGUCUUUAAGGUGUUUGUGGCCAAUCCCAACAAGCCUCCAGCCAUCCUGGACAUUCUGGUGAAGAACCAGAGCAAGCUGGUGGACUUCCUGUCCCGUUUCCAGGCCGACCGCACCGAGGACGAGCAGUUCAACGACGAGAAGACCUACCUCAUCAAACAGAUCCGAGAACUACGCCGCUAACACACACACACACACACUCCUCAUCAAACAGAUCCGAGAACUACGCCGCUAAUACACACACACACACACACUCCUCAUCAAACAGAUCCGAGAACUACGCUGCUAACACACACACACACACACACUCCUCAUCAAACAGAUCUGAGAACUACGCCGCUAACACACACACACACACACACACACACACACACACACCUCAUGAAACAGAUCCGAGAGCUACGCCGCUAACACACACACACACACACACACACACACACACACACACACUCCUCAUCAAACAGAUCCGAGAACUACGCCACUAACACACACACACACACACACACACACACACACACACACACACCCUUAAACUGAUCCAAGAACUACGCCGCUAAGACACACACAUACACACACACUCCUCAUCAAACUGGUCCAAGAACCACGCCGCUAACAGACACACACACACACACACACACACUUCAUUAAACUGAUCCAAGAACUACGCCGCUAAGACACACACACAUACACACACACACACACAACACACAUACUCUCCUAAUCAAACUGAUCCAAGAACUACGUCGCUCACGCACACACACACACACACACCUCUAGAGAACAGGCUAACGUACACACACAUAAACACACACAUGCGUCUGCACACUCAUUAUUAAAACAUCAUAAACACUCUAAGCAUGUACUUACUAACAUGAACAUAAUUAAGUCCCACCAGCCACACACACACACACACACACACACACACACACACACACACACACACACACACACACACAGAGACUCCUACGGCGUGUGACUGGAUUGUGCUGGUUUGGGCUACGCUGAAGGGUUGUGUGGAGAAACGCCGCCCCCUGGUGACCGAGCUUUCCCACUGCAGAGAAAAAGACUCCAAUGCUGCCUCUCACCCCUCACCAACAUGUGGACAACACACACAUGCACACACACACACUCACAUUCUCACACACACACACACACACACACACACACAGUCACAUAAACACUAUCACACAUACACUUGCAUUCACACUGGACCUUGCACACACAAACAAACACACACACUCUCCAUCACACAUCUCACACUCACAUUGCUCUUUGUGUAUGCCUGUUAACCUGCCAACUUGUAUGUGUAUAGAACUGUGUGUGUGUGUGUGUGUGUACACGUUCUUGGCGGGGUGGGGGGUUCCUUGGAAAAUGGAGAAACUUGUACAUAAUGCCUUUUUGUUUUGCUUUAGACUUUGUUGAACCUGUUUUGUUGACAUAUGGAAAAAGAUAUAAUAUUAUAUUAUACAUACCCCAGACCAUGAAA